AUGUUAGUCGCGGCUUUCCUGCGCAAUGGCUUGGGCCUCUUGGUGCCUGUGGCGAUAGCCUGUACGAUUUACCUCUAUCUUUAUCCCUUCUUCGGUGGUUGCGCGUUUCCCCUGCCCUCGAGAGACGCCCACGAAGCCUUUGAGGCAACCAAACGACUCCAUUGGCCCUUCAACGAGACCCAAACCGAUGCAGAUCAUGUGCCUACUCAACUUGCUCCCUUUCGACUCCUCGCUCUGGGCGAUCCUCAGCUCGAAGGAGACACUUCGGUCGCGACGGUCAUCCUGGGCACAUUCCCCCACGUAAUCAGCAUCUACAAGCAUCUCACCUUUCAGACGGAACACUGGUGCUUUCGAGAGCGCAUCCGCUGGACGGUGCACGAUAUCGUCGACAUAUUUUUCGAGGACAUUCCCUAUUACCUUGACUCUUGGCGCAAACGCCUCGAUCUCUUCGGCAACGACUUCUACCUCAACCACAUCUAUAGAACCCUACACUGGUGGUCGCGCCCGACACACGUAAGCGUUCUUGGCGAUCUUUUGGGCAGUCAGUGGAUCGAAGACGAUGAAUUCGAGAAGCGAGGCCACAGAUUCUGGGAGAGGACUUUCCGCGGCGGAGAGAGAGUGCCGGAUGAUAUCGCCACGUGGCCAGCGCACGAAUAUGAUUUGACGGGCAUGCUGGACGGAUCCGAGGCGGAGGAGAUCUGGACAAAGAGAAUCAUCAACGUUGCUGGCAACCACGAUAUCGGAUAUGCUGGAGACUUGACUGCCGAGCGAUUGUUGCGGUUCGAGCGUGUCUUUGGCAAGGUCAACUACGAGCUUCGAUUCGGAAUUCCCAUCAACGACUCGGAUGUGUUGGCCACCAUUCAUAACGACCAAACAAACCCCCACUCUCCCCGCCUGGAACCCGAGAUCCGUAUCGUUGUUCUCAAUGACAUGAAUCUCGACACUCCUGCCAAGGACACUGACCUGCAAGAUGAGACGUACAAAUUCAUCAACGCCGUCAUCGGAACCUCAGCCGCCGUCGAAUACUCGGGCAUCUUCACCCUCGUCCUGACCCAUAUUCCGCUGUAUAAACCUGAGGGCGUCUGCGUCGACGCACCAUUUUUCGACUUUCACGGCGCAGAGGACGGAGGUGGUGUGAAGGAGCAGUAUCUCCUGAGUUUGGACGCAAGCAAAGGCUUCCUCGAGGGAUUCUACGGCAUGAACAAAGACCCCUACGCGGCCGGUGCCGGACGAGGCCGCAAGGGCUUGAUCCUCAACGGACACGAUCACGAGGGCUGUGACACAUACCACUUCAUCAACCAGACAAACGGCACGGAUCCUAGCAGACGAGAGAUUACGGUGCGUAGCAUGAUGGGCGACUUUAGCGGCAAUGCGGGCCUUCUCAGUAUGUGGUUCAACCAAGAGACGUGGGAGUGGGAGUACGAGUUUGUCAAUUGUCGUCUGGGCACACAGCACUUUUGGUGGUUUGUCCACUUUUUGGAUUUGGGAGUCGUCAUCGCUUUCCUGGUGUACAUUGUUGUGAGCAUUCUGGGGUUUGUAGGUGUUGAUGUGGACGCACGCUUCUUUCAGCUGGUUGCCUGGAUAUGGCGCAAGUUGGCUCCGGCAUGGUUGAGGAGGAGGGAUGACGCGGCGACACAGAACGGACAUGCUAGGAUAAAAGGGUGA